AUGGCUGACAGACCUAUACCUGAACGUGUGAAACUAGAUGAUCCAGAUUUUGAACGUAAAGUGAUGCGAAUGUUGGAGUCUCUGGAUUCAGAUGUUGAGCUAUCGGAAAUAGAAGAAGACGAUCAAUAUUCAGAAAGCGAACACGAUACAGAUUCAGCCAUUUCUGCAGAUGAAGAUGGACCCGCCAGUGAAGGAAGCGUUCGUUCAAGUGAAUCAGAAGGUAACGACGAGAAUGAACUAAGUAUGGAUGUCAGGUACUUUUAUGACAAAAAUAGGUUUAAAUGUUUGGCAAAUCCUCCGAAUAGAAAUGUGAGAACUCCGGCGCAUAAUAUCAUCAAGGUACCAACAUCUAGGUCUUCUGCAACAAAAUUAGAUCCUCUGACUGCCUUCAUGUCCAUAUUUACGGAGGAAAUGAUGGAUCAAAUUCAGGAAUGGACCAACAAAAGGAUACAGAGCUCUAGAGUGGUUCAGGUGUAG